AUGAACACAACUACCAAGACCAAGGUCAUAGUCCUUGGGUCGGGCGUGAUUGGACUGACGGUUGCGCUCGUCUUGUCUGACAAACCGAAUGCCGACCGAUUCGACGUCCUGGUCGCCGCAAGGGACCUCCCGGAAGAUGUCCACAGCCAGGCCUUUACAAGUCCGUGGGCGGGAGCUAUUGACAACUGGGCGCCGGAGCGAGACGAUGGGAGAUAUGCGAAAUGGGAAGCGCGAACGAGGGAGAAAUGGAUAGAGAUGGAGUCGACUGGUCUUGUUCUUAGUCAGAUACAGUCGAAGAUCUACUCCCGAGAGGCUCCCUCCGAAGCACUUCGAAAGCGAUACGACUACGUCCACGAGGUGCCGUCAGAUAGCGAUCUAUCGCGCAACUUCGGGAUCAAGUAUCUGUCUGGGUGCAUCACCAACACGAUCCACCCUCACCACUAUCUCGCCGCUCUCAAAGCUGAGCUGGAGAAGCGUGGAGUGGCCUUUCAGAGGCGGUACUUUGCCAGCCUUGAUCAAGCGUGUGACUUGGCUGGCGAAGGUGGAGUCGUAGUGAAUGCAUCAGCUUUGGGUACCCGCUCCCUUCUCGGCGUCGAGGAUACGAGCGUGUUCCCCGUCCGGGGACAGACCAUACGCGUACAAGCCCCGGAUGUACAUGAGUUCGUCGUAUGCUCUGACCGACCCUACAAACGACUGGUUCAUGCAUCGCGUUCCGCGCCCUGGCCCCGAAAGGGAGCUAAUGCUAUAUGGGAGACCGCACUACACUUCGUCCCAGCACUCAAGGAUCCGUCGAGUGUACGCGUCAUAGAGCACGGCGUCGGACUACGGCCUGCUCGCGAAGGUGGCCCGCGCGUUGAGACACAGAACUAUACGUGGACAUCUGCCAGGGAGAUUGAAGCGACGUCAGCGAAUAGUACCAUGCAGUCGGCCCAGACGACGCUUGUGGUUCAUGCCUAUGGCUUCGGCGGUUCAGGAUAUCAACAAUCUUGGGGAGCCGCGGAAGAGGCAGUUGAGUUGUUGAAGCAAGCCCUAUGA